CCCUGUUCAGCACAGCUCAGAGAAGCCGAACACAAAUAUUUCCCAUUCGAACAUACUGCAAGUCAUGGGUCUGGUUUGGAAUGGGCUGUAGGUCAGGCAAUAAAUAGGCUUAAAGCAGAGUAAAAGUGCUCAUAGGUAAAUCUGAGCAGUGGUUAAUGAUUAGCCUUUCAUGCAGGUACUGAUACGGGUUCUGCUUGUCAGCAUUAUCGGUGAGUUUAGAAACUUUGAUCCAUCUGAGACUUGUUGCCUGUUUGGAGAAGACAAACUGCUCUCCUGGAGUCAGGAGGUGGAAAGUCUGGCUCUGGAAUAGAGAACAGAGGGAGCUCCUGACCCUGUUCUGGCUACCAGCAGCACUGGUGCAGAGACCCUAGGGUUCCACUUGUCUACGUGCCUUUUGGAAUCUCUGUGGUAAAGAUACCUCACGAUCACCACAUGAACAGCUCCAAGUUUCCAGCCACUCAUCCUCCUGAACAUCACCACGCAAUGGCAUCCUCAGAACACAGCCAUGGAUCUGACAUGAUGAUGACGGCAAUGACUUUCCACUUCGGCUAUGAGAGUGUGCCAUUGCUGUUUUCUGGACUUAUAAUCAAUAGUCCUGGAGAAAUGGCUGGUGCUUUUGUGGCUGUCUUCUUCCUGGCCAUGUUUUAUGAAGGUCUUAAGAUUGCCCGGGAGUGUCUGCUCCGUAAAUCCCAGGUCAGCAUUCGCUACAAUUCCAUGCCAGUGCCAGGUCCCAACGGCACCAUCCUGAUGGAGACACACAAAACUGUGGGACAGCAGAUACUGAGCGUCCCUCACCUCCUGCAGACCAUGCUGCACAUCGUCCAGGUCGUGGUCAGUUACUUCCUCAUGCUGAUCUUCAUGACAUACAACGGAUACCUCUGCAUAGCCGUGGCCGCCGGGGCAGGGAUAGGCUAUUUUUUCUUCAGCUGGAAAAAGGAGGUUGUUGUGGAUAUCACAGAGCACUGCCAUUAACAGUGGACACUGCCCAGAAGCCUCUCCACCCCACUGCUCUCUUGAACAAAAGGGAUCUCUUGAAGGGAGGGAUCCUUCCUAAGCUGACAGAGAAUCAAUGUACAGAAUAUCCACUGGAGUUCACCACAGGGUCCUGGCUGGGGUGCAGGGAUGUGAGGAGCUGGGGUGUGCUGCUCCCUUGCUGCAGGGCAGCAGUGUUGACUCGAGGGUCCCAUGGUUGCCACUCUGGGCCAGGAUUUGCUUUACUCUUAGAUUAUUCUGUGAUUGAAAUUAGUUGGCUGACAGAAAUGUAGAAGUUAUUCUUUAAGAAAACAAAACAAAACAAAAAAAAAACAAAAAACAACCAAAAAGCGUUUUAUUUUUAAAUUGUAAAAGCUCAUCUGGGAGGGUUUCAUGAACAGCAGGGAAAGACCAGAGUCACCCGUGGAGCUACAUGUGUGAAUGGCUGUUUUAAUUCUACUUGUUUCAAGCUGUACAGGAUGCCAGGGGACAUCUCCCUGGCACUGUGGCUUUUGGGGCCAGUGACACCUUCUGAUGCAGAAGGAAGUUUUGGUGCUGCACCUCAGACAUGCUCAGGUGUGUGCUGCAAGGGAGUACUUGAUGUAAGUGUGUUACCUGGGGUCUCAAUGGCCUGUCCCCAAGCCCAUCUGUGUAUGAUACUGGAUAACUGGAUGUGUCCAGCAGCAUUACUCAGCUUCAGGUGGUAAUGUUUAGGUUUGGCUGCUUUCAAUUCCCAGUCAUGGAAAUACAUGGAGUAGAUGCAGGACAAUUGUGUAUUUACAGGGCAAAAAGACUGUAAAUAACCCAUUGAGCCUGCAUUUACUUCAUGUUGGAUUGCACCUGGGUGGAGCUACAGGUGGGCUCUGGUUGAACUAGUUCUGUAAAUGAGGCAAGAGCUAAAUAAUGAUUUCAUGACACUAAAGGUUAAGAUGUCUGAAGCAGGCAUUCCCUGGUGGAGAUGAAGGAGGUAAAACAGUCGUGUUCCUGUAAAGGAGAGAUCUGGGGAAGAGAAGAAAGAAAAGAUAGAACUGAGCAGGCUUUGGUCUCUUCUCAGGUGAAAUUUGGAGCAGUUCGAGCUGACUAAAAAGUGUUCCUGACUCAGA